AUGGCACUGCACUUCCUUAGGACCAUGGACCAGAAGGAGAUUGCUGAAAAACUGCAAAAAAAUGAAAAGGAUAUAGUUUGCCGCACUGAGUUGAAGAAGAGCCUUCAAAACAGGUACCACAGUGUGUUUGAAGGGAUACAAAUGCAGGGAGGUUCUACUCUGCUUGAAAAGGUCUACACAGAAGUCUAUAUUACAGAGGGAGAAAGUAGGAAAGUGAAUGAGGAGCAUGAAGUCAGGCAGAUUGAGAUGAAAUACAAAAUAUCAGCUGGACAAGAGACAUCAAUCAAAUGCAGUGACAUCUUCAAACCCUUACCUGGACAAGAUAAACCGAUCAGAAGAGUCAUCACAAAGGGAGUGGCUGGCAUUGGUAAAACUGUGUCAGUUCAGAAGUACAUACUGGACUGGGCUGAGGGCAAAGAAAACCAGGACAUCCACUUCAUAUUUCCACUACCAUUUCGGGAGCUCAACCUCAUCAGAGAGAAACAGUACUCUAUGAUGGCACUUCUCCACCACCUUUUCUCAGAAAUGAAGCCGUUAACCUUUCAGAGCCAAGAGAAGCGCAAAGUGUUGUUCAUCUUGGAUGGACUGGAUGAAUGUCGACCUCAGCUGAACUUCCAGAAAAGUCAUAGUGUGACUGAUGUCACAGAGAUGUCUUCAGUGGACAUGCUCUUGACAAACCUGAUCAAAGGUCAUCUGUUUCCAGCUGCUUUAGUGUGGAUCACCUCUCGACCAGCAGCAGCCAAUCAAAUUCCACCAGUGUGUGUUGAUCGUGUUACAGAGGUACAAGGCUUUAGUGACCCACAGAAGGAGGAGUACUUCAGGAAGAGGAUCAGUGAUCAGAAUGUUGCUGAAGGAGUAAUCUCCCACCUCAGAUCAUCUAGGAGCCUCUACAUCAUGUGCCACAUACCAGUGUUUUGCUGGAUUGCUGCGACUGUUCUGCAGCAGGUCAUCGCAGAAGUUGAAAAGGUUCCAAAGACGUUGACAGAGAUGUAUACAUACUUCCUUGCCUUUUUAAACAGACAGCGGAUCCUGAAGUUUGAUCACGUGUAUGAUGAGGAUCCUCAGUGGAACCAGGCCAGUCUACUUGCUCUUGGAAGACUAGCCUAUGAACAACUGGAAAAAGGAAACCUGAUCUUUUAUGAAAAGGAUCUGAAAGAAUGUGGUGUUGAUGUAGAGGAGGCAGCCGUUCGCUCUGGCAUCUUCACCCAAAUGUUUCAAGAAGUGUCAGGGGUGGUCCUGGGGAAAGUGUACAGCUUUGUGCAUUUAAGUAUUCAGGAGUAUCUUGCAGCAUUAUAUGUGUUCCUGAUGAUGAGAAAUGAAAGAAAAGACCUUGUGUCAAUAGAGCAACCACAAGCAAGUAAUUUUUGUUUAGAAAGAAUGUUUCCUCCAAAUAUGCAGGAAUCAAUGAUCGCUAUGCAGAAGAGUGCUGUGGACAAAGCUUUCCAGUGUGAAGAUGGACGCUUUGACCUUUUCCUUCGUUUCCUUCUUGGCCUCUCACUGGACUCCAACCAGAAUAGACUACAUGGCUUACUGCAGAAGCAACACAUUCAGACUGACAAUGAAGACACAAUCAGGUACAUUAAGGGACGGAUUAGAGAAGCUCCUUCAUCAGAAAGGGUGAUCAACCUCUUCCACUGUCUGAAUGAACUCAAUGACCACUCGUUAGUGAAGGAGAUACAGAGCUUCUUGAUUGCAGGGACUCUCUCAGAAGCUCAACUUUCACCUGGCCAGUGGUCAGCACUAGUGUUUGUGUUGCUGACAUCAGAGGACAAGCUGGAUGUGUUCGACUUGCAGCAGUACGGCAAGUCUGAUGAAGCCCUGAUAAGACUGCUGCCUGUACUGGAGGAAUCCCAAACCGCUCUCUUGUCUAACUGCAGUUUUGGAGAAGAAGGCUUCAUAGCUCUUGCAGCAGCCCUGAGAUCAAACCCCUCACACAUGAGAGAGCUGCAGCUGAGUGAGAAUAAAGCAGGAGAUUCAGGAGUGAAACAUCUUUCUUCUCUUCUCGAGAAUCCCAACUGUAAACUGGAGAAACUAGACUUGUCUAGCUGUAGUUUUGGAGAGGAAGGCUUCAGAGCUCUUGCAUCAGCACUGAGAUCAAACCCCUCACACAUGAGAGAGCUGCAGCUGCGUCUGAAUAAAGCAGGAGAUUCAGGAGUGAAGCAUCUUUCUUCUCUUCUGGAGGAUCCCAACUGCAAACUGGAGAAACUACACUUGUGUAGCUGCAGUUUUGGAGAGGAAGGCUUCAUAGCUCUUUCAGCAGCCCUGAGAUCAAACCCCUCACACAUGAGAGAGCUGCAGCUGAGUGAGAAUAAAGCAGGAGAUUCAGGAGUGAAGCUUCUUUCUUCUCUUCUGGAGGAUCCCAACUGUAAACUGGAGAAACUAGACUUGUCCAACUGUAGUUUUGGAGAAGAAGGCUUCAGAGCCCUUGCAUCAGCACUGAGAUCAAACCCCUCACACAUGAGAGAGCUGCAGCUGAGUCUGAAUAAAGCAGGAGAUUCAGGAGUGAAGCAUGUUUCUUCUCUUCUGGAGGAUCCCAACUGCAAACUGGAGAAACUACACUUGUCUUACUGCAGUUUUGUAGAGGAAGGCUUCAGAGCUCUUGCAUCAGCACUGAGAUCAAACCCCUCACACAUGAGAGAGCUGCUGCUGGGUUGGAAUGAAGCAGGAGAUUCAGGUGUGAAGCAUCUUUGUUCUCUUCUGGAGGAUCCCAACUGUAAACUGGAGAAACUACACUUGUCUAACUGCAGUUUUGGAGAGGAAGGCUUCAGAGCUCUUGCAUCAGCACUGAGAUCAAACCCCUCACACAUGAGAGAGCUGCUGAUGAGUUGGAAUGAAGCAGGAGAUUCAGGAGUGAAGCAUCUUUCUUCUCUUCUGGAGGAUCCCAACUGUAAACUGGAGAAACUACAUUUGAAUAUCUGCAGUUUUGGAGAGGAAGGCUUCAGAGCUCUUGCAUCAGCACUGAGAUCAAACCCCUCACACAUGAGAGAGCUGCUGCUGGGUUGGAAUGAAGCAGGAGAUUCAGGAGUGAAGCAUCUUUCUUCUCUUCUGGAGGAUCCCAACUGCAAACUAGAGAAACUAGAUCUGAGGUCCUGCAGUUUCACAGAUGAAGGCUUCAGGUGUUUAGCAGCAGCACUGAGAUCAAAGCCAUCAGCCCUCAAAGAACUUUGGCUGCAUGGGAAUCACCUUGGAAGCUCAUCAUGGCAGCUGAUCUCUGAACUACAACGUGAUCCAAACUGUAAACAUAUAGGCUACAAAUACCUGUAGGUAUAUGAACAUCCUUCCAUUCCCAUGCCGUCUAUAAUAGUCA